UAGCUGCAAAGUUACCCAAUGAUUAGAUUAUAACUUUGACCACAAAUAAAGAAUUGUGUAAUGUUAUAGAACAGUGUGUGAAAGUGGUUGCACAACAACAACAAUACCGAUACAAUACAGUUCCAUAAUGUCAUAUCGGCUUCCGAACUGGGGCAAUGGAGCCGUUCAAAAGGUGCUAAAGGAUUGUAUCCAGAGGAACACUGCCUCUGGGUCUAAUGAUUUCUCCAUUGUCAUCGCGGACGAUCGAGUAUUCAUAGGUCAGAGAUCUAUUAGCUGUAUAAGGGAAAGGAAUGGCAAAAUGGCAUAA